AUGCAGCUGACUAAGAGAAAUAAUCAAAAACAACUCUUCGCCGAUGCUUCGUAUUUAUUUACCAACUCCAAUCCUUACCUUGACUAUCCUCGUCCCAUGCUUCAUAAAACAGUGCCUAUUGGUGGUAUCACAGUGCCGAGUGAGAAGAAGAACAGACUUCCAGCGGAAUGGGACGCCAUUCUAAAUGAGCGCAAUACAACAGUUCUGGUGUCGUUUGGAUCUGUAGCAAAAGCGAUGUACAUGCCCGAAGAUUACAAGUAAGU